AUGGCAGAAUUAGGUGAAGUAAGAAUUGAGGAGAGUUUACGAGUUAAAAUAGAUAUACACCCCACUAUCAUAAAUCUUAAAGAGACAGGUGAAGCAAAAAAUCUGCCUCCGUAUUCUGUGUCAAACAGUGGUAGAAAUACAUUUUGCUCUAUCAAGCUUGACUCUGAAGAAAUCUAUCGUACCUCAGUUGUUGAAAAAUCAGUAAAUCCAUUUUACAGUCAAGAAUUCCAUGGAGAAAUACCAAAAAAAUUCCGUUAUUUAUCAUUUAUGAUCCAUGACAAUGGCAGCAAAACAGAUAAAAUUAUUGGUAAAGUGACACUGAAAAAAGAAGAAUUAUAUAAAUAUCAUAAUAAAGAACAUUGGUUUCCAUUAACACCUCUUGAUGUUGAUGCUCAAGUUCAGGGUAAAGUACAUUUAGAAAUCCGUUUUGAUGAAAUACUCAGUACAGAUCCUGAAUCGUACUCUUCACAUCGAAUGGCAGUAAGAAUAUUGGAAUGUAGUGAUCUAACAGUUAUCAACGGUUCCUGUAAUCCUUACGCCAUCGUUACAUUAUCUCAUUCAAAACAUAAAGAAGUUAAAAGAACUAUAGUCAAGAAAAAAACAAUCUGUCCAAAUUUUGAAGAAACCUUUUUCUUUGAUUUAGAAAAUAAAGGACAAAACCAUGACAGAAAUCUGUAUAAUUUUGAAGAUGUUUUUAAUGGUUCAUUAACUAUAAGUGUAUUACAUGAUGAUAUUAAAGUAUCACGAGAAGUUUUAGGUAAUAUGUUUCCUGGAACAUUUCUUGGUGAAGUUAAAAUUCCACUACGAGAUCUAGAUAUUAGAAGUAUUCAUAAAGCAUGGUAUUGUCUACAACCAAAGGAAAGCUCAAGGCAAUCACGACCUGAUUUAGGAUCAUUAAGAUUAAAGAUAUCUUAUACAGCAGAUUAUGUCUUCUUAUCACAUUAUUAUGAUGCAUUACGUAAUUUAAUAUUACAUUCUUGUGAGAUACAGCCAACGACAGCUGGUGCAGCUUAUCUACUAGGAGAGAUAGUAGACAAUAGAACUGAGGCAGCUCAAGCUUUAUUAAAAUUAUUUUAUCAUCACGAUAAACUGGUACAAUAUAUUAAAGCAUUAUCAUAUUGGGAGGUGUCUAAAACAGUGGAUCCUAAUACAUUAUUUCGUGGUAAUUCUCUGGUGUCUAAAUUAAUAGAUGAAUUAAUGAAAUUAAUUGGUCUACCUUAUUUACAUAAUACUAUUAAACCUUUAAUAGAUGAAAUAUUUACUGACCAGAAAUCAUGUGAAAUAGAUCCUACAAGAUUAAAAGAAGGAGAGAAUCUCAAUGAUAACAUGGAAAAUUUAAAAUAUUAUGUUGUCAAGUUAAUAGAUGAUAUUACCAGAUCAGGUUUAGUUUGUCCUACUAUUAUGAGAGAGGUGUUUCAUGCUGUAAAGGAGACAGCUGCAUCACUUUAUCCAAAUGUCUCAACCAUUCGUUAUUUAGUUGUCAGUAGUUUUAUAUUUCUAAGAUUUUUUGCUCCAGCCAUUAAGGGUCCAAACCUAUUUCAUAUACGACAAGAUACUCAGGAUUCCACUAUCAAUAGAACACUAACAUUAAUAUCUAAAACUAUACAAGGUUUAGUGAAUAUAGUUAGUGCUAAAAAUGUCUCAUAUGGUUUAAAAGAAGAGUUUAUGGUACCUCUAUUUGAAUCUCUAUCUAAUCCUACACAUGUUGAUAAGGUCAAAAUGUUUUUAGAUAUUGUCUCAAGUAGUUGUGGUACACAUCUUAAAAAUAUUGAAGAUCCUAUCAUUUUAAAAGAGGGAACACUUAUUAAAAGAGCUCAAGGCAGAAAGAAAUUUGGUUUAAAGAAUUUCAAGAAGCGUUACUUUUGUUUGACCAAUCAGUAUUUAUCAUAUUCUAAAACCAAAAAUGAGAAAGCAUUAUGUGUGAUACCUAUAGAAGAGAUAUUAGCUGUAGAGAGACUACAAGAACAAUGUUUCAAAAUGAAUUAUAUGUUUCAAGUUGUGCAGCCUCAGAGAGCGUUGUAUGUACAGGCCAGUAACUGUGUGGAGGAAAAAGAAUGGUUAGAUGUUUUAACUAAAGUAUGUAAUACCAAUAAAAAUAGACUACCUACCUACCACCCGGCUGCUAUGGUCAAUGGUCAUUGGUUAUGUUGUAAAUCAAGUGAUGUGUCAGCAGUAGGGUGCUGUCCUGUAUCUGGAGGUUUACCUGUAACAGAAAUUAAAGUAGCUAUAGACUCCGACAGAGAGGUAGAGAAGAUACAUUCCUUGUUUUUACAGCAUAUGGAGAAACUGGAUGCAUUUCAAGAUGCUUGUGGUUGUCAAGAAGUGUAUACAGGCGAUACCGAACCUAAAUCUGUCUUAGUCAUAGAAGAUACCAAAACUUGUUACGAAACUAUCACUCAAAUACAGAAAUGUGUCAUCAGUUUAGAACAGGAACAUAAACGAUAUUUUAAACUAGUCCAGAGACAAACUGUCAUAGGGUCCAUUGAUACACCAAUAGGUGAAUGUAGUACUCCAGCUAUAUGGGAUUCAUCUGUUCGCUCAUAG